GCGGCCGCCUUCAGUCUGGGCCGAAGAAGAGUUGGCGGCUGCGCCAUGGACGAGCUGCAGCGUGCCCCCGCUUCGCCGUCCCAGGUCGAGCGCGCGCCAGCCGCCCAGGUCUCGGCCAGUGGCGACCACGGCCCGGCUGGCGGCCUCCUGCAGAGUGCUGCGCUGCCGGGCGCCCUGGCUGCGGCCGCCGCCUGCCUGCUGCUGGCGUUGAGCGUGGCCUGCCUGCUGCAGCGCCGCCGGCGCAAGACGGACGACCAGCCGGCCGCCGACCACGGCGACUACGAGCGCCUGGACUGCAGCCGCUCGCCCAGGGUGUCCAUCGCGGUGGCCGGCCCCAACGACCGCACGCCCUCGCCCACGUCCCGGCGCAGUCUUCGCCGCGGUACCAACGAGCCGCAUUUCUACGGCGGCUGCAUAGCGCAGGAGCGUCCGAUUGACUUCGUCGUGCCCACGUUGGCCGCAUCGUCCCUGUGUGGCUCCGCUGCCAGCCUCGUGUCGGACGCCAGCUCGAGUGUCGCUGAACCCGCUGGGCCACCCUGCUCGUCCCCCGGCGACCCUGGACCCGUUUCUCUGCUGCCUGUCUCCACCUCGCUCCUGGGUGGCCUGAACCCCGAGCUGUACCGGGUGACUGCGGACGAUGGCGCCGAUGAUGGCGAAGAGCGCAGUUUCCCGGAGAGCCACCGUGGCCGCAUCUGGUUUUCGCUGCAGUACGAGGACCCCCGCGAGAGCCUCGAGCUGCGCGUGAUCAAGGGACGCAACCUGCCCUCGCGCGUCUGCGGAUCGGUCAACUGCUGCGACCCCUUCGUCAGAAUUCAACUACUGCCCGACGAGCGAAGGUAUCAGCAGACGAAAUUCAAGAAGAAAACUUGCAAUCCUGUGUUCGACGAGACUUAUAUAUUCCAGAUCCCGGCCAAGGCCUUAUCGGAGCGAGUACUCAAGCUGACGGUGCUGGAUAACGAUCGCGGCAAGCGACACAAUGUCAUCGGACACGUGCUCUUUCCUCUUCGUGACCUGGAUCCACUCUCGGGAGAACGCAUCGUGGCAUGGAGAGACCUGGAGACGACCGUGGAUCUGGCGCCGCCGGACCAAGGGGAGCUGCUGCUGGGCCUCUGCUACAAGGCCGGCCUCGAGAGGCUCACUGUCACCGUGCUCGAGGCUCGUGGCCUGGUCGCGCCUCCGGAGAUGGGAAACCAGGCUUCCCUCGACACGCAGGUGAAGGUGACUUUCCUCCUCGAGAACAAAGUGGUCAAAAGCAAGAAGACAUCCGUGGUCAAGCGCACAUCGGAACCCAAGUUUAUGGAGUCAUUUGCGUUCCGCAUGACACCUGCAGGGCUGAGUGCAGCCAGCGUCAUUCUCAAGCUCACCUGCCUGGCGCAACCAUACAAAGACCGAUGCCUGGGGCGCGUCGUCCUCGGAUCCUUCAUGUUCGCCCGGGGACUGGCGCAGCAACACUGGACCGACGCACUGGCAGCAGCGCCCAAGCAGAUCAACCGUUGGCACCGGCUGUCCUGAAUGCGGCCUGGCCCCCCUGUCCCCCCAACUCCCACCCCUGACCGUGCCACUGCAGGCAGACCUGGCGACGGAUCGCCAUCGUGGAUGCUGUCACGCGCCAGAGAGGACCUAUUGGAUGCUUGCUGAAACAGCGCUGUCAUGUAGUGCCGUCUGAAUUUGUUUGUGACCUGCUUUGAGUGUGACGACAUGGUGCUGUGCGGUCCCUUCUUAACCUCUAUAGUCGUAUUCCGUCAUGUUUGCGGGUUGUCCGUGUGAAGGUAGUUUAUAGUACAGGAAAGAGAACCAGCCAGUAUUGCUCUGUAUUAUCGCAAAAGUCGCAUUUAUCUAUGUGUGCACAUUUCAGACAACCACAUUCCAUACCCUGACGCACACCUCUCACGUCUGCUGCGUAUUGUGGCGUUUUAACAACGCCAAUGCAAUAUGACUCUUAAAACACUACAGGAGACGUGCUAUGAUGAUUGUUAUAUAUCAUGUUACUGCAGGUUUCGAUUGCUUCUUCAGGCAUUCAAGUGUCCCGGAAUCUACACAGACGUGCUGCAUUUUCGGAGAUAUAAGAACCUAGGUUUUUAUAUUUUCAAGCCUAUGAUAACCACCAUUGCGGUGGAGGAUGCUUAGGUUCCAAAGAAAGACAGAAAACACAUAGCAAUGUAACCGUCAAAAACAUUUUUACUGUAGGAGAAAUUAUAGCCAGCCAGGUAAUCUAGUGAUUACCAUGUAUAUUAUAUAGCCCCUUAUUGAGGUUCUCACUUGAUGGGAAGCCCUUCGUGCAGCCUCCGAAGUUCUUCGUGCCGCCAACAGCAGCCUCUGCUGCUAUUGCUAUCCCGUAACUUACUGUCGUAUGUACCGCACAGCCUACUCGCGACGCCCCGCUUUCACAAAGGAUUCGCCAAACAUUGGUUCAAACGUUGACAACCUCAGUUCGUGAACGUAGGUGGUGCUUACAUUCGGGCACAAUUUUUUGUCAUCUUCAAGGGAGGUAGUCUACAUGGGUGCUUACAUCAGAAAAAUAUGUGGUGUCACCUGCUCAUACAAAUGAGCUAGGACCUUCAACUACUUCAUUUAGAUACUAGACAACUUGCUUUAUUUUUGUGUGUGUACGAGUGUAAUCAUCACAGUGAUACAAUAGAACCUAGAACCUUUCAACGGCUUCCUUGGCGUUUCUUUAAUGAGAAACGCAAGCUUUAGUUAAAUAAAUAUUAAACACACAAUCACAUUUGUUUUGAAACCGCGUUUCCCUAGUUAAAAAUAGGGCCAGCAUCAGUUCAGGAAAAAAAAAGAAAGAACAUGUCGACAAACGCGAAGUGAAACACCGACCAAAACAGUACUGAAAUUUAAUGACGCUUCGACUUUCAUACGAGAGCCUUGUUCACAUGAAUUAAGUCCACGUGACUGUGUACAAGGAUCCUCUAUGGGAGCCGAAACCUUAUUAAAUGUCAGAACUAUUUUGGUCGAUGCUUAACUUUACGUUUUUCGACAUGUAUUUUCCCGGCCGGAUUGGUUGCCGUCAAUAUACAUAAAAUAAAACCAGAGCAGAAUUCACAAAGUGCUUCUUACUCCCGAGCGGAUCGUAAGAAGCGCCGCCGGCCAAUCAUGAUAGCGGACAUGACAUCAACGAAGGUGCUGCGACAUUGAGAAACGCCUCUAACGAAUGGCAACGAGUUUUGGUGGUUGCCAAAAGCGCAUGCGCGAGGCCGCCGGCGCGGGGACGUGUUGACCUCUCGUGAUGAACAAACCAAGCAAAGGGCGGUGCACGUGUUCUAUCUGUUGGGAAACAAAGCACACGUGACUGACUUGGCUUGGAACACUUUCGCCUGAAUUUUUGGCAUUUACCCACACCGCCACCCUUACUCUCUUGCAUGUCAUAUAUAGUCGUACCUCCCUGGAUGUCGUAAGCACGCAGGAAAGAGGCCACUUUGCGAAGUGCCAUUCUGAAGAAAUCACGUGGCAUUGUUUUAUACUAAUACAGCGGGGGCGCGACCUUUUAUAGAAAGGUUGAACAAACAGAAAAUGAGGGAAGGACACUAAUACGGGCGGAGUGUGUGUUCGCUUCUUCAAUGAUAUGUCUUGAUUUUACGUAUUUCGGAACGUACACGUACAAGGGCAAUGUUUGUAGUAAGUAUUAGGCAGAAUUUAUUAUCUACGCUUGGGAGGUACUAAGGUUAUUUGCAUCAUUUCUGCCAUCACUCUCAUGAAUGUCCCGAAGCAGUUUGCAAAGGUCACAAAGGUCACCGAUGGCUUCAAUUUCGAAGCAUACUAGUAGUUCUGCUCGACGCUUAAUUUCUUUGUAGUACGGACAGCGAAGACGACGAAGUGAUUCCGAAAGAUAUUUUAAGUCAAGAAAAAUGACCAACUCUAAUUUCAGUUAAUCUGGCUCCUAUACAGGAGUGUCAACUGGACUUUUCAAGCGCACUGUCUCAAGCAACAUAGUGCUAAAAAAAGAUGCGCCUACCUGAAUUUGACAGUUGCUGAAAUAAUCUGGCCGUUCAUCUAACAAUUAUAUUUAAGACUCACCGGCAGAUUUCGACUUCUCGCCAACACUCCAUAAACGGUGCAUCGGGGCGAAUCUAUGAAGUAUUCGCUGCUCAUCGUCGUUUCUAUGUCCUCCUCAACCUCUAUGAGUCCCACCCCACUCAACCACACUGGCCACUGGCUACGAGAACAACAGUCACGAGCUUAUCCACAAUUCCACACCAUCGUUUCUAUUGAAAGCGUUCAUUAUUUUCCAGCGCUAAUUUCCCUCUUCUUCGGCGGCCUUUUGAGGUUGUCGCCUGAUAAAGAAGGAGCAUUCACAACUUAGAAGGUGGCGCCGCGUUAAUUACUUGCUGCUAAUGACCCUGCACAUCCUUGAAGCACGCUCACAUGCAGUCUUCUUAUAUAAAUUCCAGCGGCCUGCCGUGCGUAUGCGUCAAAAUACAGGUAUUUUAUUUAGGAAGCGCGGCACGAAGUUAAGCUGAGGUUUUGAGAUCAAACAAAAUUGUUACGCUUUUCUUUACAAUCGAAAUAAAUGCGGCACCUGACAGUCCACAGUAUGAGAACCCUAUCUUCACGGUAAGAAAUGAAAAAUUCAGUCUAUUGUGUGCAUCUGAUUAUUGGCAACAACCGCCGGCAUUAUUUAAAGGUAUUUUUUUAGACUCGCUCCAGAUUAGGCUGAAAAAAAAGUAAACCCUAGCAGUAAAAGAAAAAGAAACUAUAACCCAGCGACUUCAGUUUUAUUUACUCCCGGGUUACGCAAUUUUUAUGUAUAACUGCGACAAGCACAACAAAUAAUUGUGAAUGUCUCUUCUCGCCGAUUCUUCGCUAAACUGUAAAACUUCAUCUUCUAGUCCGUGUGUACCCCACCGCACAGGUAUGUUCGGAGAGAGGCGCAUCGGCUGACCGAAAAUGUUCGACGCAACUGCUCUACACAGAUGCAGCUCACUUGUCGCUCAUUUAUGUCUUACGCGUUAGGCCAGCUGUCGAAAGUUCGAAAUCUAUUCUUGGCUCUGUGGCACGUACUGCCUGGCGAAAUUUAUCGCAUGCGGUCGUGGCAUGAACGCAUACUAGAGUCUUUCGACUGCAAUGAAUGGAGUGCCAGACCUCGGAGCACACUUUUUCUUACACUUCAUAAUUGAGCAGAGAUAUUAAUUGAACGCGUUUGGAACGGAUUCAUUCAGUUACUACAGAAGCAGAUUAGAAUGUGUUAGAAAUACCGGUUCAAGUGGUCAUCCUUUGUUUUGCUGGAUGUCACUGUUUUAUUUUACUUCUCGCUUUGAAUUUAACCAGAAAUGGUCUUUUCAAAAAGGCAGAAUUUUAGCGUUGCACUCAAGAUGCUAUGAAAAUGACGCUGGUAUAUGUGGUUUAUAGAAUUUGGCAUAGAGUAAAUGAAAAAGUUCAUUUGCUAUGCGGUUGGUGGAUAUAUCUGUAUCGGUGAAAUGUAGUAUCGAACUACAUGGUAUUUUGAUUGCAGGGAAAACACUCAAAGAGGAAAUCCACCUUUAUGCCGUCAUUAAUUUUUUCUUGAUUUGCCUUUGGUACCUUGCUUCCUCCUACAAACGAUCCUGUGAAAAAUAGUUGAAAGUUUACGCACUACAGAUGAAGUCUCACAAUUUAAGAGAAUGGCGGAAGCAGUUCAUUCGGCUCUGGAAAUUGUGUUACUGAAAUCCCUCUCAUCAGCUUUGAGCAUUGUGAGAAAGCUCGGUACGUGGACUGCGUGCUGAAGAUUGGGUCUGCAAAGUAUUAAACACCUAUGUACCCUGCAAAAAGGCCUGAAAAUUCGGAAAGCCCAACGACCUCGUCACAACAGCCAUUUUCCUCGCCGGCAAAGACGACGUCACACGUCUCGCCUACAGCCUCACAAGUCCCGCAGCGCAGAAAUAGCAGCAACGCGAACGCAGGCAUUCCAGUAAACCGCAUCGCGUGCAAAACCACAACCAGGGGACGCAUUCUCGGACCAUCUCUUUCGGAGAUACCACUUUCUCUGCGCGCUGACUGUCUGGUUGAGCAAAACCGGGUGAUCCGAUUGGCUGGUUGAGCACUAAGUCACGCAAGACGGAUAGUAUCGCCGAAAGUGGUCGUCCAUGAAUACAUCUGAAAAAAUGCGCUGGGAAGCAAAGCAUUUCUGGUUCCCGCGUCACGUGUUUUUCUUUUUCUCUUUUCUUUUUAUUUUUUAAGGAGUGGGAGGGGGCAGUGUUUAAAGAAGUCGAAAUACACUAUAUUAGUAGCUUUCGGUACUAGCUAACUUAUGUGUGUAUCCUCCUUGUAUCAUGCGUUCAGCGCCGGUAUAAUGUAACAAUUCCUUUCUCUCGAUUUUAUUCCUUUAUUAUGGAAUCUGGUUAUUACGAAGGUGGAGCUCUGCUUGAACCGCACCGUGAAAAGGAAACGAUUUGUAAUAGAAUCGUUAAAUUACCAUGGUCCAGUACAUUUUAAGGUACUGAUAACCGUGAUAUUGCAGAUAUAGCCAGCGUCCAGCAAGUGCUUGUUCUGAGCGCAAGAAAUUCUGGAGAACAAUGCAAAACUAGAGACAAGUCGUAGCUAUAGUGCCAUAGCGUUUCUCUGCGCUGCUUUCUGAAGCAUCGCUUAAACGGCUUCAUCAUAUGUCUGCCGCUUACAUCUCAAAAUUUUUUUGACGUUCCUGUAAACCGUAAAAAAACAAAGAGCAGUAAGAAAGCUUUCCAUCGAAAACCUAUGGCUUUUAACCUGAUAUCACCGUUGUAACUGUCAGAUAUGUACGAAACUUGAUCUCUAGAAAGUAAAAAUGCAGCAGACCAUGAUCGCGUGCUUAUUUGAUCGACAAAUUCUGGCACCUUCAAUGUUUGCGCGUCUGCCCAUGAAGGAAAUGGUUCCUUGUGGCGGACGUAUUCGUGGUAAGUUUUCGUACUUCAACAAACUAUUGCAAGAACAGAAAUGAAGCAAUAGUUGAAUGCUACAUUUUCGUUAAAAUAAUAGCCUUAUACAUAGCUCAAUGUAAAUCGCUGUUAUGUAAAUCGCUGUCAGAAAUAAGAAUAAUUACAUUGUUCAAGUACCGUUCGUGCAUGUUAUAUUAAAGCUCAUAGCACGACACCAUUCUCCGACCAAUGCGCAGUAGCCAUCAAACUGCAAAAUGGUGCCUGCAUGCCCCCUUAUCGCAUCAUUUGGCCUAAUACCGAUUGCGGUGGUACCUUAGCUGCGCAGCUGCACAGCUAUUGCUGGCCUGCCAGUGCAUGAGGCACCACUCUUUUAUCAUCAGCAGAGAUAUUAAGAUAUUGCGAAUCGAGAGCGACUUCUCUCGAUUCAGCGACUUUCGGUAAAUGUCGGGCAGGUAGCCUGCAGUACGCCGUUCCGCGCUCUAGGCAAGUGUGUUGUACGAUGUUCCGUAUAUUGCUGCUUUCUCCGGGCAGUCAUCACAGCUCACACCUCGUUCAUGAAAAUCCUGCGCUGCAGACGUCAGUCAUACUGCAUUUAAUGGGCUUUUACGGAAAAGCACAUGAAAGCUCUUACGGAAAAGCAACUUAACAUCUGAAUAAGGAAUAUUUAGGCAUCGAGUGUUGAGAAAGUCUUAUUCUAAUUGUGCCCGGUUCGGCGCAAGGGGUGAAGGACCAUGUCAAUGCGUCCAGGGGUUCACCUGCGCCGUUGACGGCUGUGUCGCUCUCACUGGUGCCACAAGCGUCGUAAAUACUGACUAGCGUUUCUUAUGCAAAAAAAAAGAAAUCUUGUUAUUUGAUAAAUCGAAACGCAUAUACCAUUAGGAUUAUCUGUUAGAGUUUUCUUUUUUCCUUUGACGAGCUACACUAAGAGUUUCACAUACAAAGCAUGUUCGUUGGUAAUUCCAUUUAUUGCUGAGUCACUAGUAGUAGCAGCCCCAAAAUGAAGAAAUACGCAUUUCCACUAUGCAGCAUCUGAUUUUUUUUUUUUUUUUUACAGCACAGAACUCGGAACCCUGAGAGGUUUCGAGUUCGGAACUACUGAACUGAACUAUUCGGAGGAUCAGGUUUUGAUUUGGUUACUGCGUCCUCUCGGCAAAAGUGAGCUCAGUCUUUCAGAGCAGUAAGAUCGGCUUUUUACGUCCGUGAGAGACUGCUGUCUCAGGAAAAAGUAACCACUACAGCCUCUGCAAUUGCUUGGCAGCAAUCCAAGAAGCGCCACUUGAGCUUCCUUACUGUUAUGAAAUGAAUGCUGUACCGGUAAGAGCGCUUCAACAAAAAAGGCCGGCGUGCUUUUUGCCUGAUAAGAGGUCACGCGCGGAUGACAGAGCUUAUGCUGCUACAGGACAGGCAAGGGAAAUAUUUUUUUGUCGGUCACUUUUUGGAACAUAUCAUACAGUGCAUCACGGAGUGUCCGAUAAGAAGGUGCUGACAGUGACAUUUAUUCUGUUUAGCAGUUCCACCAAAAAUACGGGUGUCAACAGGGUGUACGAGACUUCUCCCGGGAUGUGAGGCUCCGAUAGCGAUGGCACGUUAUUAACAUUAUUCGCUGCUCUAGUUGAUAAAAAAAGCAACACAUCACUUAACGUUCUCCUCGUCUUUGAUAUCGUUCUUUCUCAAGCUGAUUGCUGCAUGAUGCGGGAAAGGUGCAGGAAAUGCGUUCUGCAGAUAACCAUGAGGCGAUGAGAAAGGGCCAUUUGCACUGAAAUUCAGUGCCAAUCCAAAAAGGAACUCCAUUCAGGUUGCUUACAACUUUUUUUUAGUUAGUUAGCCCUCAUUCAGGCAACUGAAAGUUUGCUGACUAGCUCUGUUCGUAGACCUCGGAAAGGCGUGGUGCUGAAUUUUCUCACCAGAACAAGAAUUUUUCUCCAACCGGAAAGUUGUUUUUUCCGAGAAAAUCAUAAUGGUUUCCUUUACAGUUUCUCGCUACAUUCUGGUGGAUGACAAGCCUCAUCUUCAAAAAUAUGGAUCAAGAAGCACCAGAUGUGGUACAGCGUGGAGACACAUGCGCGUGUGUCUUCAUGCUACCACGUUUCAGCAACUGACACAGACGAAAAUAUGCCAAACCUUAAAAUGUGACUGCGCAUCCGUAAACUUUUCACCUCCACAUGUUAUAUUUGUCAGCUUUUCACUUUAUGGUAAAAGUUGCAGCUUCUUGUAACGCCACGGUGGCUUCAUUUGUAACCAAAUUCAGCUUCUGUUUCUGUCGCCUGUAGUCCAACACUACAAUGUUCAAUUCUGUUGAUGGAUCUGUUUAAGUGCGUCACACUUCAGCUUGUUCAAGUUUCCGGAGCUUAAAGUUUAAAGCUGCUUCAGUUGGCAUUUAUAGUCCUCUUGCAAGUGGUUUCGUGUGCUCUAUUACUGCGCAUGCAUGGUAGCUUUGAGCAAUAGCUGUUUUAUCCGAUCGAUUAGUCUUAACGGGCAUCCUUGUAUUGUGCGUACUUGUAUCUGUGAACUCCCAGCAAAAUACUAUAUGCAGAUCUUGAGACUAUCUUGUUGUUGACUAAGGCGUAUUCUUAUUCAGACUACGACAGUGCCGUACAAAAUUGAGAGAAUGACUUGUGUAAUAAAUCUAACUAUUGCCUCUCGUCGUGCAAAAGGCUUCCAAUUCAAAUAGAGGAACCAGUAUAAAAGAUACAUAUUUUUGUGAACGUUGUGAUGCCAGCACUGAAUGACCUUUAAGCAACUAACAGGCCGGAGUAAGGUUGGGCCCAAUGUCAAAAGCAUAAAGGAUGCACUUCAUAAAACCGCACACCUUGGCUGAUUCAACUUCUGUGUGGGGACGGUGGAAGGAAGCGCGUUACGGCACAGUGUGCGACAAACUCGCGUUAAGGCAUUGCAUCAUGAACUUCAUAUAAUUAAGGUAAUCUUCCUCCGGCCUCUGACCUUGCUUGUAGGAGACCGCUUUUCAACUUUUGCGCACUAGUUCACUGCGAUGUAGCACAAAGUACCACAAGUGUAAAUAUUUAAGAACUUUAACAUUACUGCUACUGGUUUAUGCUGUAGACACUGUUUUGGCUAGUAAUCUUGAAGACUGUGUCUACACUUUCGGAAAUAAAUCUUCAUAUUACCUCUA